AUGGAUGGGAUGUGGAUUAUACAUUCCACCCCCAGUGUGACAACAGAGGACCAACAGUUACCAUUGUUCGUGUUGGUAGUUACAUCUUUGGUGGAUAUACUGAUGUAUCAUGGGACAUCUUUUCCAAGUGUUCCUCAUGUCUUCGUCACUGCACAUCACAAUGUGUUGGACAACAAGCACGAUGCAGCUACAGUUUGGGUGGAAGAAAUCACYACAAACGAUUUYAUUGUUUGUAUGAGAGAAGCMAGAACCUUUGAUGGACGCCAUAAGGACAUCGAUGUGACUUGGAUGGCAAUGAAUGAAGUUCCCCAAACAUGGAAUUAUCAUGACUUUAUCAGGGUAGACUUUCCAAACACUCUUGUACCAAGCGAGGCUGACAAUAAUGCGUUUUGCCAGGUCGUGAGCUUCCACGAGCCGUACUAUGCUCCACCGACAAUUGUUGUUGCACCAAGUCAUCACUAUGACAGCAGUAAUGUCAAUGCCAUUCGUCCCGAAGACAACUCCAUUGCUGCCUGGGUUGAGGAAACUACACGAACACAAUUUAARACAUGUGUUAAGGACCUUGUUGGKCUGAAGAACAAACAUCACCCUAUCGAGGUGGACUAUAUGGUGUUUGGAGGUAAGAAAGACAGUCAUAUAUAUUUGUUUUUAAAAAGUACUUUUAAGGUAUUUCAGUCGUUAAUGAUGGAUGCACUAGUUUAUGCUUUAGCUAUUCCAAAGCGUUUUCGUUCUUAUUUUAUUUUAAACUUAAAUGGCAUUAUUUUAGCAAUCAUUUUAAGAGGCUGUCCGCGUAAGAACGGAUAAGGCAAAUUUCGGCCCCUCACCGAUUU